CUCCGGGAACGUCAUUUCAUUUGGACUUCAUUUACCUUCAUUUCGACUCUCAUUACACUCUCAUUUCGCACAUCCGAAAACCCGAACGAAAGCCCCUUCCCUCUCGUCUCCUCCCCAUUUCUAUCUCAAUCCCGAUCUGAUGAAGUUUUCUUGAGAGAGAAAGAGAGCGAGUCUCAGUGUUUCGGAAAAAAGCUCCAUUCUCUGCAACGGAAAUGGCGCAGAAGCUCCAUCAGCAGGUGAGAGAGCUCGGAUCGAAGCUCGAGAGCCCUCCCGCCUCGAAAGAUGCCCUAAUCAAGCUCUUGAAGCAAGUGGCAACUUGUCUUUCUGAGUUGGAUCAGUCUCCGUCACCACCAAUUAUAGAGUCAAUGCAGCCUUGUCUUAAUGCAAUUGCUAAGCCAGAGCUACUCAAACAUCAAGAUAGGGAUGUCAAAGUCCUGGUUGCAACCUGCAUUUGUGAGAUUACUCGUAUUACAGCACCUGAAGCUCCUUACAGUGAUGAUGUUCUAAGGGAUAUUUUUCAUUUAAUCGUAGGUACCUUUGGUGGAUUAGGCGAUAUAAAUGGUCCAUCAUUUGGAAGGAGGGUUGUCAUCUUGGAGACUCUUGCAAGAUAUAGAUCAUGUGUUGUUAUGUUGGAUCUGGAAUGUGAUGAUCUAGUCAAUGAAAUGUUCCAUACAUUUCUUACUGUUGCAAGUGAUGAUCAUCCAGAAAGUGUUCUUACAUCAAUGCAGACAAUCAUGGUCCUUCUUUUAGAUGAGAGUGAAGAUGUUCAGGACAACCUGUUACUUACCUUAUUAUCUGUUUUAGGCCGGGGGAAAAGUGAUGUUUCUAUGGCUGCACGGAGGCUUGCUAUGAAUGUUAUAGAACAUUGUGCAGGAAAACUUGAGCCUUGCAUAAAGCAGUUCCUUAUAUCAUCGAUGUCAGGCGAUCACAGCUCUCUGAAUAGUCGGCUUGAUUAUCAUGAGGUCAUAUUUAAUAUCUAUCAGUGUGCUCCCCAGAUCCUCCAUGGGAUCAUCCCAUACAUUACAGGAGAACUAUUGACAGAUCAGUUAGAUGUUCGUCUGAAAGCAGUGCAGUUGCUUGGUGACCUGUUUGCUUUACCCGACUGCAUUAUUGCAGAAACAUUUAAGCCACUUUUCUCUGAAUUUCUGAAGAGGUUGACUGACAGAGUAGUGGAAGUUCGUAUUUCUGUCAUUGAAAAUGUAAAGAAUUGUCUGCUCUCUAAUCCUUUGAGAGCUGAAGCCCCUGAGAUCAUGACUGCGCUUUGUGAUCGGCUGUUAGACUAUGACGAAAAUGUCCGGAAGCAGGUUGUUGCUGCAGUUUUUGAUGUGGCGUCUCAUUCGUUGAAAUCAGUUCCAGCUGAGACUGCUAGGCUUGUUGCAGAGCGCCUUAGAGACAAAUCUUUAAAUGUUAAAAGUUAUACAAUGGAGAGGCUAGCCGAACUGUACAGACUUUAUUCCUCAAAAUACUCUGAUGGUUUGAUUGGCGCUGAUGAAUUUGAGUGGAUGCCUGGGAGGAUAUUGAGGUGUCUUUAUGACCGGGAUUUCAGAUCUGAGAUGAUUGAAGGCAUCCUCUGUGGUUCUCUAUCCCCCAUUGAGUUCUCAGUCAAGGAUAAAGUGAAACAUUGGAUAACAGUUUUUUCAGUAUUCGAAAAAGUUGAUGUUAAGGCACUUGAGAAGCUUCUGGCACAGAAACAGAGGUUACAGCAAGAAAUGCAGAAGUAUCUGUCUCUUAGACAGACAUAUCGGGAUGGUGACACCCCUGAACUCCAAAAGAGAAUUUUGGUCUGUUUCCGGACCAUGUCUCGCUUGUUUGGUGAUCCUGUGAAGGCUGAGGAGGGUUUCCGCAUUCUCAAUCACCUGAAGGAUGCAAAUAUUUGGAAGAUUUUGACAAGUCUACUUGAUCCUAACACUAGCUUCCAGCAAGCGUAUACUUAUCGGGAUGACUUGCUUAAGAUACUAGGAGAGAAACACCCACUUUAUGAUUUUCUGGAUACACUCUCAAUGAAGUGUUCCUUUCUGCUUUUCAACAAGGAGUAUGUCAAAGAAAUUCUAUUGGAGGUUGCAACACAAAAAUCUGCAGGAAAUACAAAACUUACUCUGUCAUGCAUGAAUCUAUUAGUGAUUCUUUCAUCUUUCUCUCCAUUGUUUCUGACGGGGGCUGAAGAGGACCUCAUUCAACUUCUUAAAGAGGAGGAUGAAAUACUCAAAGAGGGCAUCGUGCAUGUCUUAGCAAAGGCUGGUGGAACCAUCCGGGAACAAUUUGCAAAGACCUCUAGUUCAGUAGACCUUCUAUUAGAAGGUCUAUGUUUAGAGGGUAACCGGAAGCAAGCCAAGUAUUCUGUGCAGGCCCUAGCAGCAAUUACGAAAGAUGAUGGGCUUAAAUCACUUUCUGUUCUAUACAAGAAGCUUGUGGAUAUACUGGAGACAAAGACACAUCUGCCUGCUGUACUGCAAUCUCUUGGAUGCAUAGCACAAACUGCAAUGCCUGUUUAUGAAACAAGAGAGGGGGAAAUUGUGGGUUUUAUAACGAACAAAAUAUUAGAGUGCGGCAGCGAAGUAGAGGAUAACACUAAAACCUCUUGGGAAGAACAAAGUGAACUUUGUUUAUUGAAGGUAUUUGGUAUUAAAACCUUGGUGAAAAGCUUUUUACCUCUUAAAGAUGCUCAUCUGCGGCCGGGGAUGGAAAACCUUUUGGAAAUCCUAAAAAACAUGCUCUCUUUUGGAGACAUUUCAAAGGAUGUAAAAUCAAGUACUGUAGACAAGGCCCAUCUAAGGCUUGCUUCAGCAAAAGCUGUCUUGCGCCUGUCAAAGUACUGGGAUCAAAGAAUACCGAUUGAUGUCUUUUAUUUGACUUUAAGAUUAUCACAGGAUGUCUACCCACAAGCUAGGAAGCUAUUCCUCAGCAAAGUACACCAAUAUAUAAAGGAAAGGCUUCUGGAUGCGAAGUAUGCUUGUGGCUUCUUAUUCAACAUAACUGGAUCCCAUCCACUUGAGUUUAAAGAGGACAAACAUAACUUAAUGGAGGUUGUUCAAAUGUGUUACCAACUGAAGGCACGACAACUUUCUAUGCAACGUGAUGUGAAAUUGUCCUCUUAUCCAGAAAUAUUUUCACAUUUGGUCCAUGCACUUGCACAUCAUCCUUCAUUUCCUAAUGUUGAUGAAUGCAAGGAGGUUCAAGCAUUUGAGUCAAUUUACCGGCAAUUGCAUUUGUUUCUUUCUAUGCUGAUGCACGGAUAUGAAGGUGGGCAAUCAGGCAUUACUCCUAACAAGGGAAAGGAAAGUCUUUCUACAAUACUGUCUAUCUUCCAAAGUAUCAAGUAUUCUGAAGAUGUAGUUGAUGGAAUGAAAUCUAAGAACUCACAUGCAAUAUGUGAUCUUGGGUUGGCAAUCACCAAGCGUUUACUUCGUAAUGAGGCAGACUUUAUGGAGUUAGCCACAUCAGUUCCGCUACCCCUAGUAUUGUACAAGCCACUCGAGAAGAAAGGUGACGACUCUGGGGCCAAUGAAGAGAAGUCAUGGUUGGCGGAUGACAAAGUCUUGACUCAUUUUGAAUCACUCAAGUUUGAAAACACAGAAACAGUUCAUACUGAUGUUGGCAAAGAUGAGAAGGGUUUAGAAGAUAGUGAUAUAGAGGGGGCAGAAUUACCUUUAGGGAAGAUGAUGAAACGUCUGAAAUCUCAGAGAACGAAGAAAAAGAAAGUAGUGAGAAAACAUUUAACUGUUGAGGGAAAUAAUGCAGAAAAUGAUGUUGAUAUUUUGGGAACUUCAAGGAAAAUAAAAUUAGAUAACCAGGAAAGAGCCACGAACUUGCAAUAUGGCAAGUUGGGCAAUGGUCACGAGCACUUUAUAACUCGAGAAACAGCUAAUCAAAAUGGCAAAAAGAAAUCUUCUGAAUCACGGAAAAAGAAAAAGAGAAAAACCAGUGAUGUAUUUUCUACACCAGUUCCAACACGCAAGAGAUCACCUUUUGGUAAGGACACUCGUAGGCAGUCUCGUUCGAGGAAUUCUGUUAAGGGCCUUGGCAAAGCUUCAAGAGCAAGUUCAAAUAGCAUUGGAAUUUCCUCCAUGCAAUCUCUCGAAAUGGACGAAGAGCUCCAGGAUUGGUCAGAAGUAAAAUUAUCCAAGGAGAAAAGCAAGGUAGAGCCCACAGAGUCGAACUUUUUGCUAUCACUAUCGCCAACAACUAAAAGCUCGUCAAGACAUAAAAAGAAAGGCAUUGUGCGACAUUUGAAUGACAUGGGUGAUUCAGAAACUCUUAGCCAUGAGCCAGAGGAGUCCUCUUUGCUGGCAGAAAAUGAUGAAAAGAACUCGGUUGGUAAUUUCAAGAGCCCCAUGGGUGCUAACAAAAAGCGUAAAAGACGAAGUAUUGCCAGAUUGGCAAAGUGUUCAACAAAGAGAUCUGAAAAACAUGACUCGGAAUUGGUUGGGUGCAGAGUUAAAGUUUGGUGGCCAAUGGAUAAACAGUUUUAUGAAGGUGUUGUGCAAUCUUAUAACCCAGGAAAGAAGAAACAUGUGAUACUAUAUGAUGAUGGAGAAGUGGAAGUUCUCCAGUUAGAUAAGGAGCAGUGGGAGGUUAUUAGUGAAGGUUCCGAGCCUAGCAAGCGACUUAAAUCAUCGAAUGUUUCCCCAUCCAAAGGAAUGUCAGCCAAGGAGGAAAAAAGUAGGAUACCUGGUGCCUCAAGACGAAAUAAGAAUCCUUAUAAGAAAUUCCGGAGGAAAACGACUAUAAAGAAAAAUCUAAAGAAUAGCCAUAGUGGAAUGUCAGAAAGCAACAUUGGUGCUAAUACUAGCAAUUACGCUGAAGGAAGAGCUACCCCUGAAUUAUCAGAUUCUCACCCCGACACUAGUCCUGAAGUCAAUGAAGUUAAUUCAGAUGAUUUUGCAAACGAACAAGCAUCACCUUUAGCAGCUGCGAAGGAGGAACGAGAAGCCCCAACAGGCCUAGAAGAAUCAGAUAGAGAAGAGAAAAUGGAUUCUUCCGACAGAGGAGCUGCAGGAGAUUCAGAUGAUGAACCCCUUAGUAUGUGGAAGGUACGAGGAGCAAAAGUAGCCUAGAGCUUGGAGACUGGCCUUCUCUUUGAAAACUCAAAUGUUGGAUUUGGCUUUGUUGCCAUUGUCCCAACCAUGGUCUGUGGAUCUGAGUCGCUGAAGGAAGACGGAUGUUUUGGUACCUACAAUAGAUGCUGCUAAUAAACUAUAGUAACACAAAUGCCGCGAUAAGGGCCAUGUAUAUGUAAUUUCCACGGUCAUUGUAUGUAGCAUGCGUUUGUAGCCAUCUUAUGUAGAGUAGUUUAACCACUCAUCUUGGAUAGGUCAUAGCCAAAAAAUUACACAUCCAACAAUCCUAACCAUCUGAUUUGUUCCUUCAAAUGGACCAUUGAAAGGAAUCAUCUUGUGUGCGAUUUCUGACUGUUCAAUUGGUAUGCCAACCCCUUGGAUGUUGCUUCCUCUGGA